CUCCACAAAUUCAGAGGAUAAUCCAUUUGGGUACUACAUUGACUGUGGAGGCAAAUUAUGCUGAUUUGAACAUCAAACAUGGAUUCCAAACAAGUCUGUGCUGUUCUGCUGUUACUAUCUGUAACUCUGGUCCAUGGAACAGGAUACAAUAGAUAUGCCUUUGUAAGGAAAAAUGUAAAAAGUCACGGAGAUUACAAUGUAAAAGCAUAUGAAUCUCAGAACUCUGAAGAUGAGGGAUAUGAAGACAAUGAUGAAAGCAGAGAUGUAGGAGGAGAACGUGGCCCACCAGGUCCUCCUGGGCCACGGGGCCCACCAGGACCACCUGGGAAAACAGGCAUUGGAAUGGCAGGCGCCCCUGGAAAGCCUGGAAUGCCAGGAGCACCAGGAAUGCCAGGAAUGGGAAAACCAGGAAUGCCAGGAGCUCCGGGAAAGUCAGGUGAAAGAGGAGCUCCAGGAUCAAAAGGCGAUAGAGGAUCACAAGGGAUGCCAGGACCUAAAGGCAAUCCAGGAGCACCAGGAUAUCCCGGGCCAGCAGGACUGGCUACUGUUGGCAAACCAGGUCCACAGGGGGCACCAGGUGCCACAGGGGCACCAGGUCAACCCGGAGAAAAAGGAAUGCCAGGGCAUAUGGGUCUUCCUGGACCAAAAGGGGAAAAGGGAAUAGGACUUCCAGGGCACCCUGGUGGCAGAGGGGCAACAGGACCACAGGGGCCUGCAGGACCGCCUGGACCAGCAGGAUUAGGAAGUGCUGGAGCCCCUGGCCGUCCGGGUCCACCUGGUGAGAAAGGUGCAACGGGCGCUCCAGGUGAACCAGGAUAUCCAGGUGCACCAGGCCAAAAAGGACCGCCAGGAAAUCCCGGUCUUCCAGGACGUGGAAAACCAGGAGCACCAGGUGAACCAGGGGCACCUGGGGCUCCCGGAAGCAAGGGUAAUCCUGGUCCACAGGGUUUACCUGGUGCACCUGGAUUGCCAGGUUUCGGAAAACCAGGUGUACCCGGACUCAAAGGAGAACCUGGUCCCAUGGGCCCUGUUGGUUACCCAGGAGAGAAAGGAGAGGCAGGAGCAACUGGGGCACCUGGAGAACGUGGACCUGUUGGGCCAAUAGGUUCUCCUGGACCACAGGGUGCCAGGGGCUCACCAGGUGCUAAUGGUGCACCAGGAGAGAAAGGGCAACCAGGUCCAGCUGGCACUCGUGGAUACCCAGGGCUAAAGGGUGAAGCAGGCCCUGGCGGUGCCCCAGGUAAAUCAGGAGCUCCAGGAAUACCAGGUAGACCAGGUCAAGCAGGACCACAAGGACCAACUGGUGCAAAAGGUAGUAUGGGAGCUCCUGGCUCACCAGGUAAAGGAGGAAGUCCUGGUCCCCCAGGCCGUCAAGGACCACCAGGCUAUCCUGGUGAAGCCGGAUCAAGAGGAAGUGCAGGACCACCUGGUCCAAGAGGUCCACCUGGCCCUCAAGGUUCUCAAGGGUUUUCAGGGGAAAAGGGAGAUCCAGGCCCUCCUGGUCCACCAGGUCCUCCUGGAAAUUAUUAUGGGAAAAUGGCAAGUGGCUCACCAGGUGCACCAGGGCUGAAAGGGCCACCUGGACCUCCAGGCCAACCAGGCCUCCCUGGACCACCAGGCCCACCAGCAGAAGUGAUCAUGUCCCCAGGCAAAUACGAUUAUAGUGGCUACAUCAAGUCAGGAGAACCUUCAGCUGGGUUACUCAGUCCAUAUCCAGCUUUUACAGCCAUUCUUUCCCAUUCGUAUUAUCCAGCUGGACAAUCUAUAGCAUUUGAUAAAAUACUGACCAAUUCAAAUAAUAACUACGAUCCAUCAACUGGUAUUUUCACAUGCGAAAUAUCUGGAAUCUAUCAAUUUAAUUAUCAAAUACAAGUUAAGGGAGCAAACGUUUGGGUUGGAUUAUACAAAAAUGACGAGGCAGUGAUGUACUCUUACGAUGAUUACACGGAAGGUUAUGUUGAUCAGAUCUCAGGUAGUGUCACAUUAUACCUACAUGAGAAUGACCAGAUCUAUGUACAGUUACCCACGGAAGAGUCUAAUGGCUUGUAUUCUUCUGACCUCAUGUAUUCAUCAUUCUCAGGGUUUCUAAUUGUCCAUUCAUGA